AAAUAGAGUAAGUAAUAAAAUAGUUAUACCAUGAAUGUGUUUAACUACCUUUCCGAUCUACUAGUCCCUUUUAGUGCUGUUGUUAUCAUCUGUUGGUAAUUCUAAGCUGUCGGCCAUGAGUGACUAAUAACAUGACAAAUUACUCUGCUUCAUCUUUCUCUUAUAAAUAUCAAAACAAAUCAAGAUUCUCCACCCAACAUCUUUCUUGUGCCCCUUUUAUUUCACCAAAGAAAUGAGCUUCAACCACUAAAAUUGCUCAAGAAAAUUGGUUUCUAAUAUACCCAUCUUAUAAAGAGACAGAAAAGAUCCAAUAUUAUGGCUGGGGGAAGUUACUCCCAUUUUGGUGGGAGGAAAUCAUCUGAUUUCUGCUCAAAAAUCACUGUUGUGACUUUUCUCGGAAUUUCUUGCAUUGGGAUAUGGAUGCUGAUAUCAUCAUUCAGUAUACCUCUUCAAAAUUCAGAGAUAUCUUCGACGAAUAUUUUGGGGCAGUAUUCAGGCAGUUCUGGUGAUUUUCCAGUCAAUGCAAAGAGAGAAGAAGAUGAAACAUUCCAGGUAGAGAAACAGUUCAGAAGAGGAAGGUCUUUAGAGGAGAUUGCAGAUGAAAACAGGCUGGAUAGUUAUCAAAAUGAAGAAAGGGAAGGAGAAAGCUCUAAUUUAAGAAACGAAGAAGAAAAUCCAGAAAAUUCUGAAUCCAGUUCAUCCGGUGAUGAAUCUCAGUCUGGCGAUGAGAGUUCAAAUCGAGAGAGUGAUGAAGUAGAUUCGAGAGAGAAAGACUCAACUUCAAGCAGUGGCGAGUCAGAUACUGGAGGUGAAGACUCAAAUCCAGAUGCUUCUGAGACAACAGUGGAAACAGAGAAAGCAAAGAAGGGAGAGACGGAGAAUGAGGUUUUUCCAGCUGCUGAUCAAUCAGAGAUUUUGAAAGAAGCUACAACACAAAAUGGGCCAUGGUCAACUCAGGCUGCUGAGUCUGAAAAGGAGAAUGAGUCACAGGGUUCUUCAUCAUCUAUGGAUGACAAAAAGGGCGAUAAGUGGAAGCUAUGUAAAACUGAUGCUGGACCAGAUUAUAUUCCCUGUCUGGAUAAUGUGCAAGCUAUAAGGAAGCUCCCACACACUAGCCACUAUGAACAUCGUGAAAGGCACUGCCCUAUUGAAGCUUCAACUUGCCUUGUUCCUCUGCCUUCAGGAUACAAGCAGCCGAUUGGAUGGCCUAGGAGCAGGGAUCAGAUAUGGUACUCUAAUGUUCCUCAUGGAAAGCUAGCCCAGGUCAAGGGUCACCAAAACUGGGUCAAAGUAACUGGAGAGUACCUUACUUUCCCCGGUGGAGGUACUCAGUUUAAGCAAGGUGCUCUUCAUUACAUUGAUUUCCUCCAGAAGACCCUGCCUCAAAUUUCAUGGGGCAAACAAACACGUGUUAUUUUGGAUGUUGGUUGUGGAGUGGCCAGCUUUGGAGGAUACCUCUUUGAAAGAGAUGUACUAGCAAUGUCACUUGCCCCCAAGGAUGAGCACGAAGCCCAAGUGCAAUUUGCACUUGAAAGGGGCAUCCCUGCUAUAUCAGCUGUUAUGGGAACUAAAAGAUUACCAUUCCCUGGUAAAGUGUUUGAUGCUGUCCAUUGUGCUCGGUGUAGAGUUCCAUGGCAUAUUGAAGGUGGCAAACUUCUCCUAGAAUUGAAUCGUGUCUUGCGGCCCGGUGGUCACUUCAUUUGGUCUGCAACACCAGUAUAUCGGAAGGAUGAGGAAAAUGUUGGAAUUUGGGAAGCUAUGUCUGAGCUAACUAAGUCAAUGUGCUGGGAACUAUUGGAAAUUAAUGAAGAUAAACUAAAUGAAGUAGGUGUAGCUAUAUUCAGAAAGCCAACUUCAAAUGAUUGCUACCAGAGUAGAACACAAAAUGACCCACCUAUGUGUGAAGAAGCUGAUGAUCCAGAUGCUGCCUGGAAUAUAACACUCCAGGCAUGUCUGCACAAAGCGCCAGCAGAUGCAUCUGUACGUGGAGCAAGGUGGCCAGAAAAAUGGCCUUUGAGGUCGGAGAAGCUUCCUUAUUGGUUGAGAAGUUCUCAAGUUGGAGUUUAUGGAAAAGCAGCCCCAGAAGACUUUGCUGCAGACUAUGAUCAUUGGAAACAUGUUGUGUCAAAAUCGUAUUUAAAUGAUCUUGGCAUUAACUGGUCUUCCAUAAGGAAUGUCAUGGAUAUGAAAGCUAUUUAUGGAGGAUUUGCUGCAGCACUGAAAGACUUGAAAGUCUGGGUUAUGAAUGUAGUUCCAAUUGACUCACCCGACACGCUUCCAAUUAUAUAUGACCGUGGCUUGUUUGGCAUUUACCACGACUGGUGUGAAUCCUUCAGCACGUACCCCAGAUCUUAUGAUCUUCUUCAUGCAGAUCAUCUUUUCUCCGAUAUUAAGAAAAGGUGCAAUAUAGAAUCAGUAUUUGCAGAAGUUGACAGGAUUCUGAGGCCAGAAGGGAAGUUGAUCGUGCGGGACAAUGCUGAAACUAUUCUUGAAAUAGAGAAUAUGGCUAGGUCAAUCAAAUGGAAAGUGAAGAUGUCUUACUCAAAGGACGGUGAAGGAUUACUAUUUGUUCAAAAAUCAUUUUGGCGUCCAAAACAAGAACAGAUAAUCAAGUCAGCCAUUGCAUAAGCAUAGAAGAAAAAAUUCCACAAUUAGAUACAAAUUUUAUGUUCUUUUUAUAGUGUAGUUCACUUCCACGUUAAUAGAGAAUACCAUCGUGAUAUAAUGAUCAUACGGUAUGUAUGAUUUAUUGUUUUAUCUACCGAGUUUUUAUCAUGUUGGCCAUUCUCUGUAUAAUUAUCUCAACUUUGUGUUUCAUCAAAUGGAAAAAGUAUACAGUACUGUGUUUUGCGUA